AAAAGCCACAACUUUAAAAAAGAAGAAGAAUUUGACACUUCUAACCUAUUUUAAAUUUGACAAAAUGUCCCCUUUUGUUGUUUUUACCCUUUUUUAUUUAUUAAUAAGUUUUGGUUUAAUUUAUCCUCCGACUGAAUUCAUCAGUGCCGGUUUUACAAUACAAAAUUGGUUCAGCGGAAUUUUGGGAUCGGAGUCGUUAAAUUUCAUAAGAUAUCAUAUCAAGAAGUCUAUGCUCAAUCUUAUAGUUUAUUCCUGUUUACCUCUUGUGUACGUUAUAUUAUUAUUUUUAUUAGGAUAUGUUAAUGAGCUGUCUUUACUUUUUAUUGGGACAACUCUUUACUGGAAAAUUUUUGCUGCAACAAGUAUUACUUUACCACUCUUAGCACUGUUUGAGGUAAAGAGAUGGACAGAUAAUAACUACAGUAAACACCCCAUAGUUAAAAACUUAACCAAGUUCUGCAAUAACAACAGUUCCUGGGAAGUAGUAGCUUCUGAAAUAGAAAACGAGUUUCGAAGAAUUGAAAAAGUUUGCAUAUCUACAAACCCGUUAUCUAGAGUUGUUGUGACAGAAAAUUGGAUCUUAAAAGUCACUCCACUCACUAUAUUUUUAACACAUCAAAGCGAGGCUUCUUUAAUUGUAAAAUCUGCCACAAAUUUUGAGCUUUCUCAUCUGAAUUCUAAAGAAACACAGUACUUAAACAUUGAAGUGAAUAGUGCAAGGAUAGAACCUUUUAUUAUUAGGAUAAAUGCAGCACAUUUUAAGGAUCUGGAGGAUCGAUUAGCCAGAUCUAUUAAUGUCUUGCCAAAUGUAAAAUUCCACAAAUCCAUAGUAGAACAAUUCUUAGAUGUAUUUAAAGACACCAUUUCAAAGAACCCAAAAUAUACAACAAACAUGGAACUAGAUCAAUGUAUAGGAUGUCUCCAAUCCCGCCCGGAGGUUAAAAUUCAAAAACAAUGCCAAGACACCCUGAUUAACAAUUGUACAAGUUGUUUUUGCAAACCGAUGUGGUGUGUGGACUGUAUGGGUAAAUGGUUUGUAUCCAGACAAGAUCCCGAACAUAAAAAUCAGUGGUUAUCCAGCAAAUGUACUUGUCCAAUGUGCAGAGCGACAUUUUGUUUACUGGAUGUUUCUUUAUUGGACGAGGUGGAGUAAUACACUGUUCCAAAAAGAACUUUUAAACUUUUUUGACAAAAUUAAUUUUACUGUGGUUUCUAUAGCUUUAACAAUUAUUAGCUUUAGUAUAUGAACAAAUAAAUUUAAAGGUGUUUUGAAUUAUUACAUAUGAAUGUAUAUAAAAUUUUUAUUAAAGACUUUUACAGCUUAUAUUAACUAUUUAGACACAUUGUAGUGUUUAUACUUAAAUAAAAUAAAUGUACAAGUAAAA